CUAUUUUGUAUUACCUCUCCGUCUAAGUCUCAAUGUCUCAGAAGACAUAGUAGGAGAGUUUAAAAGCUAAUGCAGGACUGUGAAUCUUUUUGUUUUAGUGACAGAGGCAAAUCUGUUCUUGCAAGGUCAUCUCUGCGUCAUAUUUUUCUGCGAGCGUCUCAUCCAAGGAGAACGGUGUCUCCAGAUUCGGGGUUGUGGUGUGUUCCCGCGUUGUUUGGUUUUGCCCCUGAGUUUUCUACUUACACUAUUGGUGUUAAUGAGUACUUGUGGGAAGCAUCUGUUUUAUAGAGACAGAAAAGAAUGGAAUGACAUUACUCCUGUACCUCAAGAUGAUAAUGGUCGGCACAUUGUAAAUAUAGCAUAUUCAGAAGAAUUUGUUGACGCACAUGAUUAUUUCCGUGCAGUUUUGUUAAAAAAUGAACUUAGCGAGAGAACGUUUUCUUUAACGUCGGAGAUUUUAUUGAUGAAUCCUGCCAACUACACGGCUUGGGAAUAUAGAAGAAGGAUCAUCAAGGAGAUUUCAUCAGAUCUUAAUGCUGAGUUGCGUUUUGUGGGUAGCCUUAUUGAAGAAUAUUCGAAAAACUAUCAAUUAUGGCAUCAUCGCCAGUGGAUUGUAGAAGAAUUAUCAAAACAGACUGCUAACGGAUCGUGUAAUUCACUAACACAUCUCAGUUCUGAUGAACUACGUUUCACUGAUGAUGUUAUCUCAGAUGAUCCGAAAAACUAUCAUGCAUGGCAGCAUCGUCGAUGGAUUGUGACAUUUUUUAAAAUAUCUGUCGAAGAAGAGCUGGCAUUUACUGAACGAAUGCUUUUAACCGAUGUACAUAAUAACUCAGCUUGGAAUCACCGUUUUUACAUAAUCACACUUGAUGAAGGUUUGUCAUCAUCUGUUCUAACACGUGAAAUCGAUUUUGUUCAGAAGCGAAUAUCUUUUGCUCCGAAUAAUGAGAGUUCAUGGAAUUAUUUUUAUGGUUUAUUAGUACCCCUUGUGCAUAACAGAAAGUAUAUUAUUUCUUCUGAGACAUCUAAACUAUCAGAUGAAAAAUCUUCCAGUAAUGUGAUUGAUUUGAUGCCUAAACUUCAGCUUAUGCUGAAGUUUGUUGAAGAUUUAAUGGCAGUUGAUCAUACUGUUGUUGACUGUUUAGCUCCACUUAGCUUCUUAGUUGAAGUGUACACUGAUUACUUAGAAUUACAUUUUAUGAAACAGGUAAAUGGCGGUAAUGGCACAUCAGGAAAACAAGACAGAUUUUCCCGUCGAUUGAUUGGAUCGAAGUGCUCGGUCUGCUGCUAGUCCACUAUCCACCAGUUAAAUUCUAAUUGCAUGCCCAAACAUCGUCGAAGCAUCUGCGCAAGAAGCCGCCGACAUGUCAACCUGAGACCGAGCACUAUUUCGGUCCAAUCAAUCGACGGGAAAACCUGAAAUUCAGUUAAAUAAUUAAUAUGAACCGUUGCACAAGAGGUGGCUGGCUCUCGUGCCCCAAGUGCUCUAGUGGAUAACGCUUUAGCGUUUGAAACUAUGGGCACUGGCUUCGAGCCUCGGUGGGAACAUCAUCGUUCCAAACAGGACGAAAUGCACGUUAUCCUGGAUUCCACUGCUAGUCACCAUCCACCAAUUAGAUUCUAAUAUUCCCUGUUAAUAACACUGAAAUACACCAAAGCUGGCAUUUAAAUUAUACAACCUGACAAUUAUCAAAAAGAGUUAAUCAUUUUGUUGAGUAAAUACGUCCAACAAAGAGUUACUACUUUCAGAGAUAUUAUUCUCAAGCAUUGCAAUCACAUAAAUAUAUAUGAGACCUUACACAGUUGAAUAAAAUACUGCAAAGUUAAUAGACGGUGUUAUCUUAGCUCAUUCAGUUUGGCGGACCCAGUUCAAGCCUGCUAGGUUUUCCCUGUUUACUUUUUAUGUAUAAAGUUAUUACAUAUAUAUGUGUAUUAUUUACUUUUUAUACCUGAAAUAAUGUGAAGUAAAAAUUCCUCGGUUUAUAAAUAUUACGAUUGUUUUUAUUUACAUUUAUAGUCCACAUAUUGAUGCGUCAACAGGUGAUUCUGUGAACAUAACAUACGAUCCUAAAACUAUUUUUGAUCGUGCCGUCUCCUUAUGUAAUCGUUUGGCUAAUGAAGUGGACAGAAUUCGAGCCAAUUAUUGGCAGUAUCGUGUUCGUCAAUUGACGUGUUUCGCUAAGAAAUUCAACCUACCAUGUGACAUCAUCAUAUCAUAGAUGUUAUAGUUUAUUGCAUCUGUGAGACUAGCUAUUUAAUAUUUCGUAAGAUUUGAUAGUGUGAAAUAUCCCUAUAUUAUGAAUUAAAAGUCAAUCUGAACGAAGAAUAUUCUUUUUAAUAAUUCCCCCUCUUCACGUUCUUACAAUAAUCAAAUAUAAUAUUUGUUGUCGUUAGAAU